CGCUGGCGUUGCAACCGCCAAGCCCGCCUCCUCCUCCUCCUCCUCCUUUCCCACAAACUCAGGCGGCGGCGGCUCCUCAAGCGUACAAGCAACCGGGAGCAGCUCUGCGGGUAGCAUCCGCGCGCGCGCGCACACACACACACCGCACACACGUGUUGGCCUCGCGAAGCAUGGAAUUCGAGGAGCUGGGCAUCGGGGAAGAAUGCGGCGUCUUCGGCUGCCUCGCCGCCGGCUCGUGGCCCACCGAGCUGGAUGUGCCCCAUGUGAUCACGCUGGGGCUGGUGGGGUUGCAGCACAGAGGCCAAGAGAGUGCGGGGAUUGUGACAAGUGAUGGAGAAUCAGCCCAUUCUUUCAAAGUGCACAAGGGAAUGGGUCUUGUCAAUCACGUGUUCAGCGAAGAUAGCCUGAAGAAGCUCUACGUUUCAAAUCUUGGAAUCGGCCAUACAAGAUACUCUACCUCUGGGGUGUCCGUCCUUGAUAAUUGUCAACCGUUCGUGGUGGAAACUUUGCACGGGAAGAUUGCAGUUGCCCACAAUGGAGAGCUAACAAAUGCAAUGCGGCUGAGGAGAAAGCUAAUGCGUCAUGGAGUGGGACUGUCUACCAGUUCUGAUAGCGAACUGAUCACUCAGCUGUUGGCAUUCACCCCUCCUUUAGAGCAAGAUGAUACACCAGACUGGGUGGCAAGGAUUAAAAAUUUGAUGAAUGAAACACCCACUUCAUAUUCACUUCUGAUGAUGCAUAAAGACAUUAUUUAUGCAGUUCGUGAUCCCUAUGGGAACCGUCCUCUCUGUAUUGGCCGCCUUGUUCCAGUAGGUGAUAUCAAUGGAAAAGGGAAAAAUAAUGCUGCAACUGAAGGCUGGGUAGUAUCUUCAGAAUCCUGUAGCUUUUUAUCUAUUGGUGCAGAAUACUAUCGGGAAGUCAUGCCUGGAGAGAUUGUGAAAAUAUCCAGAUAUGAUGUCCAAACUUUAGAUAUUGUACCGAGACCUCAAGGAGAUCCAGCAGCAUUCUGCAUUUUUGAAUAUGUAUACUUUGCGAGGCCAGAUAGCAUCUUUGAAGGUCAAAUGGUAUAUUCUGUAAGAAGGAGAUGCGGUCAACAGCUUGCUAUUGAGGCUCCAGUGGAAGCAGAUUUGGUUAGCACAGUCCCAGAAUCUGCAACUCCUGCAGCCCUUGGCUAUGCACAGAAGUGUGGCUUACCGUACGUUGAAGUGCUUUGCAAAAACAGAUAUGUAGGAAGAACUUUCAUCCAGCCAAACAUGAGGUUAAGACAGCUGGGAGUGGCCAAAAAAUUUGGAGUCUUGUCGGACAACUUCAAGGGAAAGCGAGUUGUCCUUAUUGAUGAUUCGAUCGUGCGAGGCAACACUAUUUCCCCAAUAAUUAAACUAUUGAGAGAAUCUGGUGCUAAGGAGGUGCACAUCCGUGUGGCUUCACCUCCAAUAAAAUUUCCAUGUUACAUGGGAAUAAACAUUCCAACAAAAGAAGAACUUAUUGCAAACAGGCCUGAAUUUAAAGACCUAGCGGGGUACAUAGGAGCUGACAGCGUUGUUUACCUCUCAGUAGAAGGAUUGGUUUCGUCUGUUCAAGAAAGCAUAAAAGCAAGACAAGACCAUGAAAAUAACCUAAAAACGAACAAGUUCAAAAGCGGGAAAAUCGGCCAUUGUACAGCUUGCCUGGUUGGAGUAUAUCCAGUAGAGCUAGAGUGGUGAAUUUUGUGAAUGUUAUCACCAAAGGCUUAAAGUUUGGAACUGAUGAAAUGUUGUGUUGCUGCUAAGCAAGUAAUCAAACCACUCACGUUUGCUUAAACCUUAUUUGGAGAGGGUAAAAAAGGAGCAAAAAAAGAAUAAAUUUUAAAACAAUCAUGCAAUAAUGCUAUAGUGGGGGAAAUGGUAGGAGGGGAGUGUGAAUGAGUAAAAGACCUGGCAAAAAUCUCUUGAUUCCAUUGUUGGACUAAUCUUGCCAAGAAACUUUGAAGGUGAUCUUCUAAGGCUUUCACUCACAAUAAUGUAUGUUUCUUAACAAUUACAUUGUGAGAGGUUGUGAGCCAUUAAGCCAUCUCACAUUUUAAGCUGUGUUCAGUCAUUUUUUUAAAAAUGUGAAUUUGAUCUUAAAUCAACAAACAGAUCUUUUAAAUUUCACUACUCUUGUCACUGGUUUUAUCCGGAAAUAUGGGAUCCUUCGUCUGUAUAGAUGGAGUGUACUUUUUUAAAGCUGCAACUUUGAGCUGUAAUCUGCCGCCAAAGACUGAAUAUUAUUUUUAUAUAGUGCUUGGCUGAGACAAGGAGCCUCAGGGAACUGCUAAACAAAUAGCAACUAAUACCUUCAGCCUUAAUUUUUUUUUUUAAAGUCUGGAAAAUUUACCUUAUAAAAGUUGCUUAUUAAAGAGGUGUGCCAGGAAAAAAAUCAUCGGUUGAUCAUCACUAAAUAUAAGGGCUUAUUUUCCUCAGUAUCUUCUGUCAGAUUCAAUACUUAAAUGUUGACUUCUUUUGCUGCAACUACCCUGUUUCCCUGAAAAUAAGACCUCCCCGGAUAAUAAACCCAGUCGGGCUUUUGAGCACUAAAAUAAACCCUCCCCCGAAAAUAUUUAACCACAUGUGCAGCCGGUCCCCAUCAUUUCCAGUUAGGGUUAGGGAGACAGAGCUGGAAAUCAGGUAAGACUGCAAGAGGAACCCCAUCUUGCUACCCGCGCCCCAAAAUAAUAAGACCUCCCUGAAAAUAAGGCUAAGUGCUUAUUUCAGGGUUCAAAAAAAAUAUAAAACAGGGUCUUAUUUUCGGGGAAACACGGUAGCCUUCAAAGAAGACUCCAAACACUGAAAAAUUAACACACAACUUUAUUUCAAUUAGAACAAAUUUAAUGAUAAUAAUUUAAUAUAUAUUGCUGUUUUAAUCAUUUUCAUUUUACAUUUAAAAAUUCAUUGUAUUCAUUCAGAUUAUUAUUCUAUUUAACAAUAGUUGGGAGGGUGGUAUUUGGAAUGAAAGCCAAUUCAUUUAUAUAAUUCAGAUGACACUUCUGAUUUCAAGUAGAAAAUAAGUGUGUUCCUACUCCAAAGUUCUAACCUCUAAAUAAUCUAACAAAGGGAUUUGGUGACUGAUCAGAGGUAGUUAUAACUUUCCAAACUGAUAAAGUUUCUUUCCAAACGUAUUUUUUUGUUAGGAGAAAACUCAGUCUGACACUCAAGGUCCAGCUACCAGAGAUAUGAUUCACACCAGGCUACUGUUCUUUUUUUAAUUGCUGGAGAAAUGACAUGAAGGACUUCUUGCUAUGCUUAGUCUCUUGAAAACAUAAACUAUGUUUACCCUUCCUGUUCAUUCUGUAUUUCAUUUCCACAUCAAUAGAAGAUACCCACGCCCAGUAGCAAAUGUUGGGCUAUCCUGUUAUCACCCUGCUUAUAGUCACUAACAUCUGAACAGUCUUCUGCAUGGGAAUAAAACAGCCAUCAUUUCCAAAUAUUAAUUUCCACACAUUUUGGAUAAUGUUUGUCAGCACAAAAACUAACUCCAAAUGUUUCCUGUGUAAUUGACGAAAGACUUAACAACUAUUCUGUAGGACUGUCAUACAGUCAGGUCAGAUUGCUGAUUUAGGAUAUAGAGAACUUUUCUCAUUGUGGCUGAGAUGAUUGGGUAACACAUCGGAAGUCUCAAAACUCCUCUCCCCAAAUUUUUGUGAAUCUUGGUUGGGUUCUUGGCAUACCCUGUGCGUUGCUUCUGCAGAUGUGUCAUUACCAGGCCAGGGUAACAUUAUCCAGUGCAUGGACCUAAAUCUACAUACCUGAUCUCUGCCUACUGCUUUGGUAUUUAAACAUGGCUACUCUUGUUACCACCUGUAUGGGACACUUUACCUUUAAAGCAUCUUUCCUCUAAUUUGAUUGGAUAUUGGGGGGGGGGCUCCAACAAUCUCUAUUGCUUUUCUAACAAAUGACUUUCUUGUUUUUCGCUUUGGGAGGUGGAUCAAUUUCACAAAUGAUAAAUAAAAUUAAGGAAGGGAAAAAAAACUGCAAAAAUACCUUUUUGGCUUUCUGUAGUUUACAUUUAAAAAAAUUUAGUGGCAAGGAAGACAAAAAUUAGAAAGCCAUUCCAAUAACAUGACUUGAAAAUAUCUCCCAUUGAAAAACAAUUUAAAUAUAAAUGCCUUAAACUGUUGUUUUCUUUUUUUAUAUAUUGUAUGACACAAUGUCUGAUCUGAACAGCCAUAUAAAUUAAAUAAAAAUACAGGCGAUAAUGGUUAGGGGUCGAUCAUAACAUGACGCUAGUUUGCUUACAUAUAGAAAAUAAAUACUAGGGGCAAACUCUUAAGGUCACGCUAUCAAAAAAACAUACCUAAUACUUGUAGCUAACCUUUUUUUUAAAAAAUUCAGAGAUGGUCAUAUGCCAAAACAUUCUCCCUCUGGGGAUUCCAGUCAGUUAAUUCUGAAGCAGUGGGGGAGAUGCAACAAACUCCAUUUCUGUUGUCAACCUCUUUUGAUGAAUGUGAUGUAUAAUUUAGUAUUGUAGGAUCAAGCUUUACUGCCUGUGUGUUUCUGUCUGCUCCUUCUGGAAUAUUACAGCUUCAUAAGGCUGUAAUAUUAUGUAAUAAUAUCACAGCUUCUACGACCCUGCAGAUUUUUAAUACCACAGUAUUUGCCUUCUUCAAUAUAUAGAGAAGGUCCUUUAUUGGCUAGAGAGAGUCAGUAUGCAUAAUCAGGAAUGGUGUGCAUUAAGACAACUAUUGGUGCAAUUAUUAGAAGUUACGUAUAAAAAUAGUAUGCCUUAAUAUGAAACACCAAAUCAAGGCAGAGGAAGGCAUUGUUAAAAAAAUUUUUUUCCAAUUUUAAAUGCAACCAUUUAAAAUAUAUGAACAGGGGAAAGAAAUGAGAAGAGCUAAGAAUGGUUGGAAGAUCUAAUUUUUCUUUUUUAAAAAACAAACCCUUAGUUCCUAUAUGGAAAAGGGCACAGAGAAACUUAUUGGAUGUUGCAGUGCUAUAUAUAUAUGAUGAUGAAUUGCAAAUAUACAUGAUGUAUCUUAGCAAUUAAUUUCUUUCCCAGGUCUGUACAGGAGAUGAUAGUGAGGAAAAAGACACCAACUUUUUCCCACAGUGUGCUUACGAAUGGUUUUUAGUGCAAUAACGGUUUGAGCUGGGAAGCUUUGCUUUCACUUUUAUUUGAUUUUCAAACAUUUAUGUAAGUGGUAAAGAUAUGGGUAUUCAUGAAGAAAAGAGGCAGCAAAAGCACAAAAGAUCUUACAUUCUAUAACUGCUACCUUUUAAAUUAUAAGACUGCCAUCAACAACAAGGGAAGUGCACUUGAAAUGCUAUCCAUUUAAAUGUGUUAUCUUUAAAAAAAAAUAAAUGAAUUUUUAAAAAUC